AUGAACCCAGAAGAGGGCGCCGAAAAGGGGGAGCAGCCUUGGGGCGGGAUCUCCUGCGCCCAGGCCGCCCUACUGGAGCGGGAGCGGGAGCUGAAGCAGCCCCAGCCCCAUCCAUCCACCAAAGGCCGGCGGCCCCGCGGGCUGUCAGAAACAUUGGUCACGCCCCUCUAUGCAAGUCACGCCCCUUCGGGACACAUACCACUCCCCUCGUUGCAGGCCACGCCCCUCGAGAGAACAGGCCACGCCCCGAGCGCCGGGCGCGUCCCUGAGACGCGCGCACCCGACGCUGCGCUUCCGCCGAGCCCGCGCAUGCGCAGUCCCCGCCGCCGCCCCGCCUCCCGCCAGCCCGAUUCCACACAGACGGGCUGCGGCCGGCCGGGCCUCGCGCCACCCCGGGCCGCUCGGGCGUGGGGCGACGCUGGCGGGUCGAGUACACCCGGCGGCGACCGAGCCGGGCCUCCGGCGAGCCCAGCCUGCCGCCCCGCGACGCGGAGGCUCGAGCCUCCCGUCGCCUCGCCCAACGCGGCGCCUCCUCACCCACCUCUCGCCUCCGCGCUCCGUCCGGCUCCGCCGCUCAGCUGCGUCCGGGGCCCGGGCUCCGAGAGCGGCUUCUCCCUCACAGCUGCGCUCCGCAGCGCAACCCAACUGCGGGCCCCGCCCUCGCGGCGUCCCGACCAACCGAAGGCAUGCGCCGCGGGGACGCUGCGCCUCUAUUGGACGAGGCGGCCUGGUGGGCGUGACAUCUGGGCUCCUAUUGGACGAGGCGGCCUGGUGGGCGGGCAGAGCCGCUGGGCUACUAUUGGACAAAAAUGCGUGGUGGGCUGGGCCUCUGGGCUGCUAUUGGACUAA